CAGUGUUGUUAUGUCAUGAGGCUGGAGAGCUGGAGCGGGAGAGAGAUACUUGCUUCUACCGGCUUCGAGUACCUUGCAGAUACAUUAGAUGCUUAAGAGAAGAGAUGGAUUACGGCACAGGAGAUGAAGAACUAUGAUUACAUGCUUUUAGUGUCUGGGUACUUUGGUCUGUGUUGACGUUUAGAGACACAACUAAUGUCUGUCGGAAGAAAUAGUUGCAGAUACAGCUCAGCAAGACUUUGAAGAUUUUGAAGAUUCCAAACUCAGGAUGUACUGCUCACCUGGAAAUUAAUGUUUGAAAGAUUUUAAACUGGAGAAACAAGCUGAGAUACAGUAUCUUGGACAAAUUGCUUUGGACAGUGAAGGUAUCCAUCUGAAGGACAUGGAACAUGCGUAACGGGCCAGAAUAUUGGGGCCAGACGCUGGAUAGAAGUGUUAGUUCUGUAAUGCCAAAGGGGGUUUGACCGAACCAUGUGUGACUCUGCAUAGAUAGUGGUUGAGGGGGCUGUACAGGUGUGUCCAGAGCAGACAUUCUAUCCCCUCCUUCCAAACUUCUGAUGUUUCUCCUCUUCCCCCAGUCUGCUGUUUCACUUGACGUCAAGUUAGUUCUUGCGACUCUCUCCAUCGCUUCAUUUCAAAGGAAAGGCCACAGAAAGACGGAGCAGACAUAAUCUAUUGAUGUAACCGUCACUCAUCCGAGACCAGGUCUGUGGCAGGAACAGCAAAAACAACACGCAGCUAAACCCAGAGGGGAAUAGCAGAUGGACCAUGUGGAGCCAGACAGGAUACUGCACUCACAUGACUCACCCUGGACAUCCCUUCUACCAUGCGCCCUGCAGUCAUAACCAGAGGGCCACCACUUUCUUGCACCCUGGGACGGGACAGGUGUCUGCAGAUAGCGUGGAUUUUAUACUUCAGGAACAGCCAAGUGGACGCAUGUCCAGGCUACCGGCUGCAGACCUGCGGCCCUCCAGCACCGUCAGCGAGGCCUCCACCGCCGUCACCACAUCCACCGCGGACACCACCUCAGUGUCAAAGGGCUCCAGGUUGAGUGUAAGGGUGCACAGCUUUGGUAAGAGAGACCAGGCCAUUAAGAGGAACCCCAAUGUCCCAGUGGUGGUGAGAGGAUGGCUCUACAAACAGGACAGCUCUGGGAUGAGGUUAUGGAAGAGGAAGUGGUUUGUCCUGGCUGAUUACUGCCUCUUCUACUACAAAGACAGCAGGGAGGAGUCAGUCCUGGGUAGUAUCCCCCUGCCCAGCUAUGUCAUCUCAGCUGUGGAGCCUGAGGACCACAUCAGCCGCAAGUACGCCUUCAAGGCCAGCCACACGGGCAUGCGCUCGUACAUUUACAAUCGGAACUCUAUGAUUGGCUCUCAGGCGGAGCACAGUGGAAUGAGAACGUACUUCUUCAGUGCUGACACCCAGGAGGACAUGCAUGGCUGGGUGAAAGCCAUGAACCAGGCUGCCCUCAUGCAGAACCACACCACCAUGCUGAAGAGGCCUUCAGACAGUCAGAAAUCCGAAAAUUCGAAUACUUCCGAGUGCCAGGCAGUCCCACAGACCAACCACAUCAUCACCAACCACACCAAGACCACCCCCGAAGUCCCCAACCCUCUCGCUGACGGGGUGGCCCUGGAACCUGUCGAGAUCCACAGAGACACGGAGGACGGCGCUAGCAUCCAUCCAAACCCUCCAUCAGUCACAGAGAUCCCCAGAACCAUAGACAUGAAAAGCUUCCCCACCAACCCCCUGGACCUCCCUUUUGACUCGGCCUCAGUGUCUGCGCCCGUCUCCAGGGCGCCGUCCUGUGUCCCGUCCCGCGCUCCUUCCCGCGCAGCCUCGACGCUGCCCCCCAGUGUCUUUUUGAGGAAUGGCUUGAUCCCCUCGCCAGUGCCAGAGCCGAAUGGAAUAGGGGCGGGGACAUACCAGAGGGCCACCCUGCCACCUAUGGAAAGGCAGCUGCAAAGGAGGAGCGCAUUGGAGCAAGUGGAGGACUGGGUGCAGGUGCAGAAGGGCGAGCACAAAGUCCCCACCUCACGAGAAGGCUCCCUCCCUCGUCGUACCCCUCCAACGCAGCCCAAGUUCGGCAGGGUGGAGACCUACCAGUCCUUGCCAAAAACUCCCCGCCACAGCCCCCCAGCUGCCGCUCGCCACGGUGAGUACAAGUACGCCCAGGACCGCCUCAGCCACUUCCACCUCACACCAGACCCCCAGACGGGCACCCUGUCCAGGGAGGGAAUGGGCCCGGGGGGCACCACUGUGUGGCAGCUCUACGAAUGGCAGCAGCGUCAUCAGUUCCGCCAUGGCAGUCCCACUGCCCCUCUCUACACACCUGCCCCGGACUACCCGUUUGGCCCUCGGCCCCCCUCCACCGUGCCCCCCUCGGCCCCUCGACCCUCCUCAGAGGUGCCCCGUUGCAUCUCUGUACCUCCGUCGCCCUCCGACAUCCCUCCACCAGGACCCCCCCCAGGCUACGGCCGGACCCUGUCUCCCCCUCGCAGACCACACAUGCCUGCAGAUCGAGUGACGGUCAGGCCCAUGGGGGAGAGAUCAGCACUGGACAUGCCCUUGGCCGGCUCCCCUAGGCGAGCCAAGUCUCAGUUGCUCAAGACUUCAACCAUCGAGAGACGGUCUAUGCCUUCUUCAGGCUACAUCACACACACAGUCAGUGCACCCAGCCUGCACGGAAAAACGGCUGACGACACAUACAUGCAAUUGAAGAAGGAUCUGGAGUAUUUAGACCUGAAGGUUGUUGGAAGUCAAACUUUAAAGGAUGCGGGAAAACCAGUCAAGGUUGCAGAAAGUGACGUUGAUGUGAAACUGAGUCGUUUAUGUGAGCAGGACAAGAUUCUAAAGGCGUUGGGGACAACAAUCAGUUCUCUGAAGGACGAUAAGGACAAGCUGGAGAGUGUGCUGGAUGUUUCCCACCAGCAAAUGGAGCAGUACCAGGGCCAGCCGACCCACGCUGAGAAGAUCGCCUUCCAACAAAGGUUGCUGCAGGAGGACCUGGUGCACAUCAGGGCCGAGGUUUCAGGAGCCUCUACGGAGAUGGCAAAAGCUUGGGAUGAGUACAGCAGGAUAGAGAGCUCUGUGGAGCAGCUAAGGACAGCUCUGCAUGCCCAAAUGAACCACAGUGCCACCCCGCAGCAGGAGAAAGCAGAAAUCAAGCGAGAGUUGUGGAGGAUUGAGGAUGUGAUGGCAGGACUGAGCUCAAGCAAAGCCAACUACAUGGUCACCAUCGACUCUGUACAGAACCCUGAGAGGAAAGUAGUGCCUUUUUUGUCGGACUCUGCAAUACCUACCCAGAGCGUCACGCUCCCUGGGGAGGAGAUUCAGCCCCCCCCUCGCAGCUCCCAGCCAAGCCCCGCAUCCCACACACUGCCUCACAACACCGUGCCAAAUUGGGCUGCGGAUGAGGCUCCGCCCAGACCGCCACUGCCCCAGCUCUACGACUAUGAGGACGCACCCCCUGUGGUGCCGCCCCUCCCCAAAGAGGCGUCGGCUAUCAGACACAUGUCGGUACGAGGGCUCAAGCGUCAGUCGGACGAGAGGAAGAGAGACAGGGAGAGCGGCCAUGUUACAAACGGGGACUGUAAGGUGGAGUUACGGUCGUACCUGAGUGAACCGGAACUGCCCGGGAUGGGUCAUACUGGCACUGGUUUUGAGGAUGACCACCACACCCUCCCAAACAGAGGUCUGUCUAGCUCCUCGUCCAGGCUGAACCAGUCCAGUAACAUCUCCUCCUACGUGACCCUGAGGAGGGGAGCACCGGGCUCCCUAGGGAGGGUGAGUCACCGGGAGAGGCCCAGGAGUGCCUUGGAGCGUCUGAAUCCCGACUCCCAGCAGGUCCUGCCAGUGAGCAGCAGCCAGCCACGGGGCCGCAUGAGCGCUGAGGAGCAGCUGGAGCGCAUGAAGAAGCACCAGAGAGCACUGGUGCGAGAGCGGAAGAGGAACCUUAGCCACGGGGACCGCUUCUCCAACACGGGCGCCUCCUCCCGGCCAGCUCCCCCCUCCUCCUCUGUCGACCUGGGCCCACAACAGCAGCAAAGGAUCAAGACUCCGUUGGAGGAGAGGCAGCGGGCCGAGGGCCAGAGUGAUGAGGGGAGUGGUGUGCCAAAGGAAAGGGAGAAGCUCCAGUUAGACGAGUGGAUGACCGUGAUAGCCAAGCCCAUGAGAGAGAUGGACCUGGACCCUCUUGAUUAUGACUUGGACAUCAGCCGUGAGCUGUCUAAGCCCCAGAAGGUCCUUAUCCCGGAGCGCUACGUCGAGUCUGACCCCGAUGAGCCUCUGAGCCAGGAGGAGAUGGACCAACGGUCACGCAGAGCAGAUCGCAUCAAAAACAUCCUGGCCAAAUCCAGUGUCCAGCACAUGCCACCAUCUGGGGCGGGCAUCUCGCUGGACUUCACCGACCUGGACUCGGCCCUACAGCAGCAGGAGAGGAUCAUGAGUGUGUCCCAUGCCCUGGCCUCCGAGGCUUCGCGCAAAAGCAAGGAAGUCACAGCCAAGGCCGUGUCUGAACUUUAACAUCUGGGAUUUGACCUCCGGAAGACUGUUGGCGUUGAAGGGCAAACCAUCUUACACUGAACAAUUUCAGCAAUAAGAAUAAUUUCUGUAAUUCUUUAGGCUAAAGCUAGAAUAUGAAAAUAUUUUUAAAGAACCAAAAAUGUGUACUGCAUAAAGUAUUUGAUAUUGUUUAAUUCAAUUAAGAGUUUCAAUGCUUUUGCACUUUCAUUGCAUGUAGUGUCUUUUACAAUUGUAGUGAAGAGCUAUUGAAUACCAGACAUUAUUUGGCUGUGUUUCUACAAUGUAGUCUUUAUUUCACAAGUGAGAAAACUAAAAGCAAUAAUAUUUUUUAAACAGUAGACUGAAACAGCUAUAUGGAAUGAAUGAGUGAAUCAUAUUUAUUGUAACUAUAAUAAAUUAUAAAUUUGCAACUAAUUAUAUUUUUGUUGUUGCACAGCACUGCCAUCUAAAGCUUUCAAUAAAUCAACAUAUUUAUGUGUAUAUUGUGGUGUUGUAUUAUUCAAAAUAAAAUUUGUAUCGUCUUUGAAUCUUUUAAGAAUAUUCAUUGUGUCACUGACUGCAUCUAAAAUGUCAGAAUAUAACUACAUGUUGGCCUACAUUCUAGAAGUGAGGAUGAGUGUUGAGUGGUAAUCCGCGUGAUUUUAGGAUUUUAUUAUCUGUAUCUAUUGUUGGUCUAUUCCAGGUCUUGCCAAUCCAAUUAGGAAAUAUUCCAUGACCUCAUUAUGUGAUAUGAAUACUUUUACUUGAAUAUGUAGAUUCUUCAUGGAACGUCCUCUCAAACGACUCAUUUCUCAAUUAAGUAUUUACUACCAUGCCUUAU